UGGCGUCAACACGGUUGGUCCAGUGUUCCAGUCCAUGUUUUGGCAUUCUCUCAUGCCUGGCGUGUUUCUCUGUGAGAGAAGCCGAGUCUUGUUUACAGCGGUGAUUCUACCGAGCGGAGACCGUCAGAAGAGUCCGAGCGCCGCCGUAGACACUUGAGAAUCAAACACUAGGCUCACAAGCUAUUUAUAUCAAACAGUUCGUGAUUUUUUACGGUGCGGAAAACCAAAAACCCACGCUCGGGAGCUGCUCACUCUUGCAUCUUGGCAAAAUGAUUUUUUUUCCUACCGCAAAACAGACCGACCGUGAGAGCGCGUGAAGACGGUAGGCGAGGGUGAGCAGUUGGUGAAACCAUUUUUGUCCUGGCGGAUAUUUUGGAUCGAGCGCUGUCUGGAGGCUUUCAUUCAUACGUAAAUACGCUAUCCGAGUCGUCAAGCUCUUUCAACGUGACCUCAAAAUUCCUCCGUACAUCAUCAGUAUAGCGUAGUUCAUCACACUGGCAUACGCACAUUCGCAUAAGGUGUUUUUGUUGGAGGAGAAAGCGCUCGUUUCGCUGGCCGUGCUGCGCGUCCCUCUCAGGUUUUCAAGAAAUGGAGGCUGAAGAUGCAGAUUAUCGGUCGAGUGAAAUUCGUGGCUCCCACACGAUUGCAUCAUUUAAUAGCUGGCAAGAAUAACACAGUGUUUUAAUUGAUCUUAAUGUUUCCAUUAAAGGAAAAUUAUACAAUUAUUACCAGAUAUCUUUUUUCUACUCCCUCCUCGCCUCCCGUUAUCUUUACGGGUAACGAAAAGGAACUAUCUGCUCACCCAAAGCGGAUUCUUCUGGACUUUUUGCUUGCUUACAAGAAGCAGCGUCGCGUUUUGCUGCGAUUUCAGCUUUUUAUUUUUUGGAAAACUGAUUUUUAGGAAUGAGAUCUGGAACAGCGAGGGAUGUUUGGACCUUAUUUUGGGGUCCUCUGCUGUUUCUCUCCACCAUCUGCCUGUGGUCUGCGCAUGGAGAAGUCUGUGGUCCUCACAUUGAUAUCCGCAAUGACAUCAGUGAGUUCAAGAAGCUGGAGAACUGCACGGUGGUGGAAGGCUACCUUCAGAUCCUCCUCAUUGGAGACAAGAACAACAACCUCAACCAGGAGCACUUUCGCACCCUGUCCUUCCCCAAGUUGACCAUGGUCACCGACUACCUUCUCCUGUUUCGAGUCUCCGGCCUGGAUAGCCUCAGCGUGCUCUUCCCCAACCUCAGUGUCAUCCGAGGACGCAACCUGUUCUACAACUACGCCCUGGUCAUCUUUGAAAUGACCAGCCUGAAAGAUAUCGGCCUCUACAACCUGAGGAACAUCACCAGAGGCGCGAUCAGAAUCGAAAAGAACCCGGAGCUGUGCUACUUGGACGCAGUGGACUGGUCACUCAUUAUGGAUGCAGAGUUUAACAACUACAUCGCUGGGAACAAGCAGUCCAAAGAAUGCGGUGAUGUUUGUCCAGGUAUCAUGGAGGAUAGCCCGCAGUGCAUUAGGACCAGCUUCAAUGACAACUACAGCUACCGCUGCUGGACCUCAAAUGACUGCCAGAAAGUGUGUCCAAAGGAGUGUGAGAAGAGGGCGUGCACGGAAAAGGGCAAGUGCUGUCACCCCCAGUGCCUUGGCAGCUGCACUGAACCAGACAAUGAUAAGGCAUGUGCCGCCUGCCAGCAUUACUUUCACGAGGACCGCUGCGUUGAGGCCUGCCCGCCGGGCACAUACAAGUUUGAAGGUUGGCGCUGCAUCACCAUGGACAUGUGUGCCCGUGUUCACCUACCCAGUGAGGUCGACUUUGUCAUUCACAAUGGAGAGUGUGUGCCGGACUGCCCAUCCGGAUUCACCCGAAAUGAGACUCAGAGUAUGUUUUGUAGCGCAUGUGACGGACUGUGCGAUAAGGUCUGCGAAUCUAAAACAAUUGACUCGGUGGAUGCUGCUCAGUCCCUGCAGGGCUGCACAGUCAUCAAAGGCAACCUGCACAUCAACAUCCGACGGGGCAAUAACAUUGCAUCAGAGCUGGAGAGUUUCAUGGGCCUGAUCCAGACAGUGACUGGAUAUGUAAAGAUCAAACACUCUCACACUCUGGGCUCUCUGUCCUUCCUCAAGAGCCUGCGAUACAUUCAUGGAGAAGAGUUCACAGAGCAGUCGUAUGCAUUCUCUGCAGUCGACAACCAGAACUUGCAGUAUCUGUGGGACUGGAGUCAGCACAAUCUGACCAUUAGAGCUGGGAAAUUGUUCUUCCGCUUCAAUCCCAAGCUUUGCAUGUCUGAGAUCCAGAAAAUGUGGGAGAAGACCGGUGUUAAGGAAAAGAUGGAAGAGGACGAUGCUCGUAGCAAUGGAGAACGAGCAAGCUGUGAGAGUUAUAUUCUAAAGUUCAAAUCCAACCACACUCAGAGUACUCGGAUAAAGCUCACUUGGGAGCGAUAUCGACCGCCUGACUACAGAGACCUCAUCAGCUUCAUUGUGUAUUACAAGGAGGCACCAUUCCAGAACAUAACAGAAUUUGACGGACAAGAUGGAUGUGGCUCAAAUAGCUGGAACAUGGUGGAUGUAGACCUUCCUCAGGACAAAUCUUCAGACCCAGGAGUAUUGUUGUCUUCUCUUAAACCCUGGACACAAUAUGCCAUCUUUGUGAAAGCCGUCACCCUGGUUGUAGAGGACAAGCACAUUCUGGGGGCUAAGAGUGAGGUGGUCUAUAUCCGCACCAAUGCAUCAGCGCCGUCAAUGCCCCUCGAUGCCCGCGCAUAUGCCAACUCCUCCUCGUCCCUGAUGGUGAAGUGGUCUCCUCCCAUCUCUCCCAAUGGAAACAAAACCUUGUACCUGCUCCGCUGGCAGCAGCAGACAGAAGACCAUGAACUCUACCAGCAUAACUACUGCUCUAAAGAGCUAAAAAUUCCCAUCCGCAUCUCAGCCACGGCUUUGUCGGACAUGGAAGGCGAAACAAAGCCCACCAAAUCAGAUGUUGGUGGGGGUGAGAAGGGCUGCUGCCCCUGCCCAAAAACCAAGGAGGACCUAAAGGCGGAAGCUGAAGACAGAUCUUAUCGAAAAGUCUUCGAGAACUUCCUGCACAACUCCAUCUUCACACCUAGACCUCCAGACAGGAAGCGGCGAGACCUGUUUGGAGUGGCCAAUGGCACACUGCUGCAAGGUGCAAGCAGGAACAUCACAGGAAUGGAGAGUAACAUCACUGACCCAAAGCUGCAUGAGAAAGAGUACCCUUUCUCCGAGGACAAAGUCUUUACAGAGUUCAUGGAGAUAUCCAACCUGCAGCCCUUCACCGUGUACCGCAUCGACAUCCACGCCUGUAACUACGAGAUCCACCGCUGCAGUGCCGCAGCUUUUGUGUUCUCUAGAACCAAACCAGCAGACAAAGCGGAUGAUAUUCCCGGCACUGUAACUCAGGAGAGGGAUGAGAAGGGAGAAGGAACAGUGCUGCUGCGGUGGCCUGAACCUCAUCACCCUAAUGGACUGAUCCUCAUGUAUGAGAUCAAAUAUCGUCUGGGAACUGAGCCCGAGAAGCAUGAGUGUGUAUCACGGCAGCAGUACAGAGUGCUGCGAGGAGCUCAGCUUAGCAAUUUGCCCUCUGGAAAUUAUUCUGCCCGGGUCAGAGCCACAUCUUUGGCUGGGAAUGGGUCGUGGACUGAACCAGUGUCCUUCUAUGUGCCACCCCCUAAAAGAAAUUAUGAUAAUGCCAUCUUACUGGCCAUCAUCAUUCCUAUUAUAGUGCUAGUGUUGCUCGCUGCAAUGAUCUCCGUUGUCAUCUUUGUCACCAAAAAGAGGAAUAGUGACAGGUUAGGAAAUGGUGUGCUAUAUGCUUCUGUAAACCCUGAAUACUUCAGUCCCUUUGAAAUGUAUGUACCAGAUGAAUGGGAAGUGGCUCGGGAGAAAAUCACCAUGUGUCGUGAGCUGGGUCAGGGCUCGUUUGGUAUGGUGUAUGAGGGCAUUGCAAAGGGCGUCGUCAAAGAUGAACCUGAGACCAGAGUGGCCAUCAAGACUGUAAAUGAAUCCGCCAGUAUGCGUGAACGCAUUGAGUUCUUGAACGAAGCUUCAGUUAUGAAGGAGUUCAACUGUCACCAUGUGGUGCGACUUUUGGGUGUGGUUUCACAAGGACAGCCCACUCUAGUUAUAAUGGAGCUGAUGACACGGGGCGAUCUGAAGAGCUACUUGCGUUCCCUCCGUUCCAAAGAGCAGGGCUCUAGCAGCCAGUCUUUGCCUCCGCUGAAGAAGAUGAUUCAGAUGGCCGGUGAGAUAGCGGACGGGAUGGCAUACCUCAAUGCCAACAAGUUUGUCCAUCGGGACCUGGCUGCCAGAAAUUGCAUGGUUGCUGAAGACUUCACAGUUAAAAUUGGAGACUUUGGCAUGACAAGGGACAUCUACGAGACUGAUUACUAUCGCAAAGGAGGCAAAGGGCUGUUGCCAGUGCGCUGGAUGUCCCCGGAGUCUUUGAAAGAUGGAGUGUUCACAACAAAUUCUGAUGUCUGGUCAUUCGGCGUGGUUUUAUGGGAGAUCGCCACUUUAGCAGAGCAGCCCUACCAGGGUAUGUCCAACGAACAGGUACUGCGCUUCGUCAUGGAGGGAGGACUUCUGGAUAAACCGGACAACUGUCCCGACAUGUUGUGAGUCCACCAACUGCACUUUGCUCCCAAAUUUGGCACUCUGCUUUACAAUGUUAACCCUUUGUCCUCUAACCGGCUCUUGUCUAUUUAGGGAUGCGAUAUCACGCUAAAAUGUUCAUAGUAUGUCACCAGAUGCUGCUGC